AUGGUGCCGAAGUUCGCCUUCGCCGCCGCCACGGCGGUUCUCCUGGCCUUCACCCCUGUGAACGCGGUAUGGCCUUUGCCAACUAGUUUCACGACUGGUUCUACAGCUUUACGCCUGGCGCCCUGGUUUGACAUCCAUAUCGACGUGCAUGGAGCCCCAGGUGACUUGGUUAACGCAGUCAAGCGCACCAAACAGCAGCUGUGGAACGACAAGCUGGAGCGUCUUGUGGUAGGCCGUGGCGGCGUGGACGCCGACGCAGUUUUCAAGGCGGGGCAACUGAACGGCUUGACGAUCUCGCUGGAGAAUGGGGCGAAGGUGCGCAGCAUCUCCGAAGAAGCUGUCGCCCCCCUGGAGUCCAGGGACGAGUCGUAUACCCUCACCAUCCCAGGCAGCGGUUCAGGCGCUCUCCUGAAAGCCAACUCGACACUCGGUCUUUUCAGAGGCUUAACUACUUUCAGCCAGCUAUUCUAUUACUACAAGAACAAUGUUUACACUAUUGAAGCGCCUAUUGAGAUCACUGACAAGCCAGCAUACCCUUACCGCGGAUUGAUGCUUGACACGGCGCGGAAUUAUUUCCCGGUCAAGGACCUUGAGCGCACUCUCGAUGCCAUGAGCUGGGUAAAAAUCAAUAACUUCCACUGGCAUGUCGUAGACAGCCAGAGCUUCCCCCUUGAAAUUCCGGGUUUCGAGGACCUCGCCGAGAAGGGCGCCUACUCUGCUGACUCGGUGUACACGACUGACGAUGUCUCGCACAUCGUGUCGUACGCCGCUGCACGCGGUAUCGAUGUUAUCGUCGAGAUCGACACGCCCGGCCACACGGCCAUUAUCUCCAACGCGCAUCCCGAGUACGUCGCGUGUGCACAGUCCACCCCAUGGGCGUCCUUCGCAAAUGAGCCGCCGGCUGGGCAGCUGCGCUUCACGGAGCCCGCGGUCACAAACUUCACCUCGGACUUGUUCACUGCUGUCAGCAAAUUGUUCCCGUCAAAGUUUGUCAGUACGGGCGGCGACGAGCUGAACGUAAACUGCUACGACCAAGACCCGGUGACGCAGGCGACUCUCAAUGCGACUGGGCAGACGCUUGAGCAAGCGUUAGAUACCUUCACUCAGGCAACGCAUGGCGCCCUGAAAGAAGCUGGUAAGACGCCUAUUGUAUGGGAAGAGAUGGUCCUGGAUCACAAUGUCACUCUCUCAAACGAUACCAUUGUCCUGGUCUGGAUUUCUUCCCAGAAUGUCGUUGAUGUAGCGAAGAAGGGAUACAAGGUCGUGCACGCUGCGUCAGAUUAUUUCUACCUGGACUGCGGAGGUGGUGGUUGGGUUGGUUCCAAUCCUGCGGGUAAUAGCUGGUGCGACCCUUUCAAGACAUGGCAGAGGUCAUACACCUUCGACCCCACCGCCAAUCUCACUGCCGAGGAGAGUAAGCUUAUUCUCGGAGGUCAACAUCUGCUCUGGACUGAGCAAUCCGGGCCAGAGAACCUUGACCCCAUAGUCUGGCCUCGCGCCGCAUCCUCUGCUGAGCUCUUCUGGACUGGCCCGGCCCUCACAAAUGUGACGACAGCCCUGCCGCGUCUGCACGAUGUCGCGUUCAGGUUUAGGCAGCGCGGCGUACAGGCUAUUUCCCUGCAGCCGUUGUGGUGUGCUUUGAGGCCGGGUGCUUGCGAUUUGACCGCGUAACCGUACAAGGAUCGCCAAUAUAAUAUUACUACUCGCUUUUUUGACGAGCUACUCUGACCAGGCGAUCUGAAGCGGGUGAAGAGAUCUAUCAAAAUGUAUCAUAAUAUUAUUGGGUAUUGACGCGUACGCGCGCUGCACGUGACCGCGACGAAGACGCGUUAAUUAAUUACGUUUGAAGUCCGCUAAGCGCCG